AUGUAUGAUGCUCAACGCCUACUCUCUUUUAUUAUCUUCCUUACAGACGUUCUGAUUGUUCCUAAGCGUGUCGUACCUAGAUAUUCACAGCUCACUGUACAAGAGGUUACGGAUCUCAGUGAAUCUGCUAAGCUCAUCAGUAACGUAAUUGAAGAUGAAUACGGCGAUGCGUCAAACAAGGGAUGUAUAUGGCUGAUUCAAGAUGGCAAGGAAGCAGGCCAAACGGUGCCUCAUGUCCACCUGCAUCUGAUACCCAAGCGGUUUUCAGCAUGGUUUGAGGAUGGCAUUGAAAGCGAUGAUCGAGUGCCUAGAUCAUGGAUUGAAAUGAAGCAAGAGGCAGAACAGUUAAAAAUAAAAUGUGAUGGUAGAGUGUAA